AUGAUAAGAUCAUUUAUGAUGAGUGGAAACACUACAAAGCGAGUAGUAAACAAUAUCUGUAAAAAUAGUAUAAAGACAUCUUCAGCAUCUUCAACAUCAUCAUCAUCAUCAUCGACAUAUAGCACAAGCAACAGUUUUUUUAACAAUGCUGCACCAUCUACUUCAUCUUCUUCAUCACCAACUUCAUCACCAUCAUUUCAAUCCAAAUAUCAAUCGACAUCACUCACCACUACUAUAGCAAAUAAUAACAACUUGGUUGUCAGACGUUCAUCAAGAAUGGCUGGAAAUCCACUCGAACUUUGUCAAUUCCUUUUAGAUGAUGGAGGUACGUGA